AGAAACGCGAUCCGUGUGCGUUCUAUUCGGCUAGUCGUAGGACGUAGGGAGAUAUGGAGCCCAGUGAUGCCACGAAGCGAUUGUCUGUUCGUAAGCAGACACUUGAUGAUGCAUACGCGUCGCCGGCAAAUUUCCUCGAAAUUGACGUUAUCAACCCGAUCACCCAUGGCGAUUUAUCGAAACGCUAUACAGAUUACGAAGUCAGAAUGAGGACAAACCUCCCGGUCUUCAAGCUGAAAGAAUCGAGUGUUCGACGAAGAUAUUCCGACUUCGAAUGGCUAAGGAGUGAGCUUGAGCGUGAUUCCAAGAUUGUGGUUCCUCCUCUUCCGGGAAAAGCGUGGACUCGACAAUUGCCCUUUCGAGGAGAUGAAGGGAUUUUUGACGAGGAGUUCAUCGAGAACCGGAAACAGGGUCUUGAAAUUUUCAUAAAUAAGAUUGCUGGGCAUCCCUUGGCCCAGAAUGAACGUUGCCUGCAUAUGUUUCUCCAGGAGCCGGUAAUCGACCGAAAUUACGUGCCGGGGAAAAUUCAUAUCACGUGCAUCUGCUGUGUUGUGUGCAAACGUGAAAUGCACUGUCCAACCGUGCUUCGUGCGUCGCGAACGCUUUCGAUGGCCGUUUCAUGCCAUCGCGCGUGCAUAGCUCGAUCUAUGUCUUCCGUCCAUUCCGUGCUUUCUGAUAGUAAUCCCACAAUGAAGAAAUACGUGCCGCGGCGUGCAAUUCUCUAUGUACCUGGUCAUGACAUGAGGAAGAUCAAGAAAAUCCCCUCUGCCGGUGCCGACUGCGUGAUUUUGGAUUGUGAAGACGGAGUUGCACUUACCCGGAAGGACGAAGCGAGGAAGACGAUUCAUGGCGUACUGGAAAACUUGGAGAUUCCCUUCGGUCGCACAGAAUGCUGCGUUAGAGUGAAUUCUGUUCAAAGCGGGCUUUGCGAAGAUGACAUGGUCAUGGUUUGCUCUUUACGGAAUCUCCCAAAAACGCUGAUGUUACCGAAGGUGGACAACGUUGAACAGCUGCGCUUCUUCGCGUAUACUCUGAGGACUCGUUUGGACACGAGGAAAAUUCCGACGAAGCUGGGUCUCGUGAUGUUCAUCGAAUCGGCGAAUGGAGUUCUUCGAUUGAGGCACCUGGUAGAAGAAGCAGUCAGAUUGUCGCACAAUUCGCCGUUCAACGUUGAAGGACUUGUUUUCGGGUCCGAUGAUUUGUGUGCGGAUAUUGGAGCCGAUCGCUCAAAGGAAGCUGAUGAAGUUAUUUAUGCGAGACAACACAUUCUUCUCGUUGCCAAGUCUUUCGGACUCCAGGCAAUUGACGUUGUUUAUAUCGAUUACAAAGACUCUGAAGGCUUGAAGCGACAAGCUGAGCAAGGUGCAAGGUGGGGAUUUACGGGGAAGCAGGUAAUCCAUCCAGAUCAAGUUCCCAUCGUGCAAGCGGCUUUUACCCCGUCUCCUGAGAAGAUCAAGUUCGCGCGUGGUCUGAUAGCUGCCUUCGAAGAGAGUCAAUCCAGCGGAGUUGGAGCCUUCAACUAUCAAGACAAAAUGAUCGAUCGCCCUCUGUUAUUACAAGCGAAAAACAUUGUGCAAUUGGCGGAUGCCAUCGGCAGCUUACGACGUGAAACGAUGAGGUGGUUGAGUGUGUGUGAAACCAGGCGUGCGCUGUGUUGGUGUAAAUCCCGGGGAUUUGCGAGUAAAGCGGAAGAGGAGCCAAGACCCGGUCGAAUGCGAGCAUGGCAAAUUCACGAUUAUUCCGGAAUCGAGGCUCUAACACUGUCUCAAAAUGCUCGCAUACCUGUGUUAUCAAGUCCGACUGAUCUUCUCAUCGAAGUUCAUGCGGCAUCCGUGAACCCUGUCGAUGUACGAAUGAUCAGUGGCUAUGGAUCGCAGAUUCUCAAUUCUAUGAGGAAAGCGUCGAAGCUUCAACCAAGCCUCGUGGAGUUCCCCAUUAUACCUGGUAGGGAUUUUGCCGGGGUCGUCGUGGAUGCUGGCAAACUCACGAGAGGUUUCAAACCCGGGGACCGAGUGUACGGUUGCCCUGCACCACAUUGUCAGGGAUCUCAUGCCAACUACGUUGUAGCGCCGAGUAUUACCGUGCAAACCAUGCCGAAGAAUUUGAGUUUCGUUGAAGCCGCUGCCUUGCCGUAUGCAUUUAUGACGAUGUACUCGGCUUUGAGGCUUUUCGGCGAUUACUGGAUCCGAAAGCCGAGUGAGGAACGAGUGUUAGUGGUUGGUGCUUCGGGUGGCAUUGGAACGUUGGCUGUGCAAACGCUGAAGGCUUGGGGAUCAGAGGUAGCCGCCGUUUGUCGGACAGAUGCCAUGGAGUUGGUCGAAAGACUUGGCGCUGACGAGGUGUACGACUAUACUCAACCCAGUUGGAUGGAUUCUGCUAGCAGCAACGGAUUAUUCGAUUUGGUUUUGGACUGCGCUACAAGCGGAAGUUCGGCAGGGCAUAUAGAGCUAAGCAAACUAGUGAAGAAGUGGAAAUUCGGUCGCUAUGUCACACUCACCCCACCCGUUUUGUCAGAAACUGAUACACGAGGGAUUAUCAGAGGAGCGCUUCGGUCAGGUACCUUAUUCGCAGAUUCGAAUAUCAGAUCUCUAUUCGAUGGAGGCCGUAGUGUUCGAUGGGCUUUCUUCGUUCCACACCCGAAGGCCCUCACCGAGUUGAACUUGCUUCUCAAUCGUGGUCAGAUCAAGCCAAUUCUGGACCAAGUGUAUCCCUUUAGCCAACUGCCCGAGGCUUAUGCGAAUGUGAAAGAGGGCAGCAACCGCGGGAAGAUUGUUUUGUCAAUCUUAGAUGACGCUGAAUCUGUCGAAGAAGUCGAUGACCGAAACUCCGUCGGUAACGGUGCCAACGAAGAAAACUGGAAAAAUCCGGUGAGGGUGGUUGGAGCGUUCACUGGUGAAACUCUCUCAGCGGCUGUUGAAAAAACUCAGGAGAUUAUACAGAAGGGCCCGAUUGCCGCGGGGGAUCUGUUGGCCUUAAAAUGCUUUAUUUUUAUGAUCAAUGAUGACCAAGAAAAGGCAACGUCUCAGCUCAAAAUAAAAACGGAUGUGCAGUACCCUGGCGAUCCCAAAGACCGCUGCAACAAACACAAACAACGCUGCCGCAAACGCGUCAUAGUAACCGUUUGCGCGCUUGCGUUCGAUGACAUUCAGAGCCGAGUGGAUGCCGUGAGCCACGAGAAUUGCGAUUUUCUGCACCUGACUGAACUGUUCUUGCCUGACGAGAGUGUGUCUCACAAGCCGGACGUCAAAGACAUAAAUAUCAACCCCACGUUUCCGAACCGAACAGCGAUGUUGUAUUUGCACAACUUGGCUCUGAGUCGUGGAUUCUACUUCAGCUACAUUCUGCAGAAGGCGUGGGACUCGGACGAGCCUGGGGUCAUGUAUCACUACUUGUCUGUGAUUUCGGACGUGACUUCCAGUCCCAAGUUGAACGCUAGUGCGACUUACUUUGCUCCAAACUCGUCGUAUUCGCCGAGCUACCGGGGCUUUUUCAAUAAGACUAUGCCCUUGUUCGCACCCAGAGCUUUCAGAGCGGAUGAUUACAACGAUCCGAUUCAUUUGGAAAGAGUGUCUACCUUAAACACGAUAGUUGCCAUGGACCUCGGUCCUGAUGAAACCCCGGGUCCGGUAAAAUGGGUGCGUCCGUAUUUUGAUUGUGGGCGAUCGAACAAGUGGAUUUUCGGAGCGUCUGUACCCAUUGCCGAUAUUUAUCCAAGGCAUACGUCAUUUCGGCACAUCGAGUACCCCACGUUCACUGCAGUGUCAGUGAUGGAAAUGGAUUUCGAUCGUAUAGACAUCAAUCAAUGUCCUUUGGGCAAAGGGAACCCCGGUCCGAAUGUCUUUGCCGGCACGGACUUUUGCAAGAAGGAAACAACUGAGAUUAAACUUAUCUACCCGAUUUUUGCGCUUUUAUGA